AUGACGUUUAAUAUAACCAUUGGGCCAAGCCCGCAUGGCUCGGAUCAUUCUUCUUUUUCCGACGAAGAGGACUCGUCCGGCGUGCAGGUAUCCCCGCCAUCCGAUUCAGGAAGCCAUGACUACCAAGAUCCAUAUGAUGAAUGGGCACACCUUCCUUACCCUGACGAAUUGAAGCCAUCCGAUUCCGCCUCUCGACCUAGAACGUCAAAUCGAACCCGUAGUCGCAACCCGAUCCAUGGCUCGUCAUCGGGCCGUCGCCACUCCGCCCCGAGACGCCAUAUUAUACAGGAACGGGAGCAAUACUCCCGGCAUCCUCGCCGUCAUCCUUCUCCAGAAUCCCCGGAAAGUGUGGAUUCGGCGGAUGAAUAUGGUGCUCCUUAUGGUCGGACGGCCCACGAACGACGGCUCUGGCCACCCGUCACCCAAGGAUCAGGUUAUCCUCACAGUUCUUCUCCCGGUCCUUAUAUGUACCCAAAUGGAGCUGGACCGCAUGCUCCAUUCGUACACCCAAGCGGUUUCCACCAGCCAUCCGAUCAGCUUAUAAGAUUAGGCCAUCAUGGUCAGGUUAACCAACCAACAUCGUACGGAAACUCCAUGUAUCCAUACCACCACCAUCAAUUGCAACAGUCCCACGGUCCCUCUAUACCACCAUUCUACCUGGAACAUCAUCCUGGACACCACGCACAUCACCAGCCAUCUUCUCACGUCCGGGCCGACGGUCAUCCUUCAGGCCAGCAUCCUGUACCGCACCCCCAUUCUUUUCAAUCGCAUAGCCCACCCCCUUAUGGUGGGACCCCGUUGAGCCCGCACGACCUGAUUACCUACCCACCGGGGGGGUACUAUCAACUCAGGGAGCCAUACAACAUGGUUCCUGGGAUGAUGCCGCCUUAUUUCAAUCCUUAUCCACGUGUACCGUCUCCGAGCCAGGUCGAAUCAAGUGGAUCCCCCCCACCAACCCCUGCUGAUACAGCUAAGGACGAGGCUAUAGCGAGACUAGAGAAGUUGAUUUUAGAGGAAAGGACAGAACGGGAAGCACGAGAAGCCCGAGAGGCUGCUCGGCAAGCCGCGAUAGAACAAGAAGCCAUUGAGCAAGCGGCACGAGAAGAACGAGCUGCGCACGAGAAAAGAAUCGUGGAGGAAGCUGCCGCGCAAGCGAGAGCCGAGGCAGAGCAGAAGGCUGCUGAGGAAGCAGCGAAAGCAAAACUAGAAGCCGAGGAAGCAGCAGCGGCGGCGGCGGCAGAGGCGGCGGCUGCAGCCACCGAGGCAGCUAACUUAGCAGCAGCUGAAGCCGUUGCUGCAGCUACAGCCGCGGCUUCAAACCAACCCAUGCCGGAGAAGAAAAAGCCCAUAAAAUUCAAGGACGCUGUGGGAAGGAAGUUCAGUUUUCCGUUUGAGUUGUGUUGCACUUGGCAGGGUAUGGAAGAGCUUAUACGGCAAGCAUUUCUUCACAUCGAAGUAAUUGGUCCUCACGUUGCUGAAGGACACUUUGAUUUGAUUGGCCCUAAUGGUGACAUUAUACUGCCACAGGUCUGGGAAACCGUUAUUGAACCGGACUGGACUAUAACUAUGCACAUGUGGCCAAUCCCGGAGAAACCCAAAACCCCGGAGCCACCACCGCCCCCGGAGCCUCCAGCUGCAGAAGAACCGGCUGUCGUUGAAGUUCCAGCUGGGCCCGAGGACGCGACUGUUGAUGCUGUGGUAGAGGAGCCCAAAAAGAAGCCCGAUUCAGCAGGCACAAAAAAGCCGCGGGCAAAGGCUCCUGACCCUGGCGCUUUUGCCAUGUGGAUGGUUGGCAGUAACCGCUUGAGGUUAAACAAGGCUUUAAAAGCGGGAAAAAAGCCUAGGGUAAUGCAACAACAUGCGAAUACUUGUCGCGUGAUGUGA